AAUCUCUAGUUUUCCUACAAUUUCAGUGCAUGGUGCAUGUAUCUAGUGCUUAUGUAAACUCCUACCUCAAGGAAGCAGAUGAAAAGUUGUAUCCAGUGCACGAGGAUGCAGAAAAAAUCAUUGAUUUGGUGAACUCUUUGAGCGACGAUGCUCUUGAUCAACUGACUGAAAAAUUGUUAAUGGAUCAUCCGAACACGUACACAUUCACAAAACAUUUGGCCGAACAUGAAGUAAACAAGUGUGCUGCAUUAUUUCCGUGUGGCAUUGUACGGCCAAGUAUGAUUACUGGUGCGUGGAAAGAUCCUGUACCUGGAUGGACGAUUUCCAAAAAUGGACCUCAAGGAUUUCUUAUGGGAGCUGCCAAAGGAGUAAUCCGUCGACUUCCUGUCGGAAUUGAACUUAUAUAUGACUAUAUUCCUGUGGAUAUGGUCGUUAACCAAAUACUCGUUACAGCAUUUCAUAUACAGCAGAACAGCUUCAAAGAGCUUUCAAUCUAUCAUUGCACUUCAAGCACAUGCAAUCCCUUCAGGUGGGAUAGUGUGAAAGAGCAAGUGAAUGAGUAUUUACACAAGUACCCGUUGAAGUCUGCUGUUUGGUAUCCGCACUUGAAAUUUCUGCCUAGCUUGUGGAUGUACAAGAUAUCAGCAAUUUUUGUUCAUUUUAUGCCCGCAUAUUUCCUUGAUUUCCUUACGAAGCUUUUCGGUGGACGACCAAUAUUGGUACGAAUGCACACUAAUGUUUGGGAAUCGUUGAACAGACUUGAAAAGUUUAUAUUCAGUGAGUGGAAAUUCAACAACCCUCGAACGCUCGAAGUAAGCCAACGAUUGCAGCCGUUGGAUCGCGAGUUGUUCAACAUCGAUAUUUCGGAACUAAAAUGGCCAGAAUAUUUUGUCGGAUUGGCUCAAGGAGUCAGACGCUACCUGAAUAAUGAACAACCGAAAACACUUGAAGCAGCUAGGAAAAAGGAUACUGUGCUCUACAUCGUUCAUAUCGCAUUCCAAGUUCUGCUCCUCGCCUUGUUCUGGGCUUUGGCAUCGAAGCUUAGCGGACUCUCAUUGUUUAGUUGUGUGUUGGUUGUUCCUGUAAUGUACUUCUUACUCAGUCUUCUUUAAUUUCCUGUGGUAGGUAAUGAGAAACAAAAAUCUUUUCUACGAGGUUUAGGUCGUUUUUAAGAACUAACUUUGAAGCAUUUUUGGUGGAUUGAAAUAUAGUGUGGUAAA